AUGGCUGGUUCCGAACCUGUUCACUUCUUCGAUCUCUUCUCCGAUUUGCCAGGCGCAUCCAAGUCAUGGUCUCCAAAUACCCUCAAGACCAGGAUGGUUCUCAACUUCAAGGGCAUUCCAUAUACGCAGAGCUGGAUCUCAUAUCCCGAUAUCGCACCGCUGAUGAAGGGAUUAGCCGUUUCGCCAAAUGAGGUCGGCACGCCAUACACCCUGCCGGCGAUUAUUCACAAGCCCUCGGUGGAGUCCAAUUCCAACGGGACUAUGAUGGACUCGAGGCCCAUCGCAGUUCAGCUGGACAAGGCUUUCCCAUCGCCGCCGCUCUUCCCUUCGGGCGACGCUAGCUAUGCGCUUUCGAUUGCCGUCGAGAAGGCUAUUAGCGGGCUGAGUCCAAUGAGACCGCUCAUUAUUCCCCGAGUGGCGGGGCAUCUGGAUCCCAGAGGUAAGGAGUACUUUAUUCGCACACGAUCUGAGGCGUUUGGAAAGCCUCUUGCCGAAGUGCGACCCACGGACCAGGAGAGCAUACAAGCUCUGUGGAAGAUCCUUGAGAAGGAAUCCAAGUUCUUCGUCACAUUGUUGAAGGGCAGAGAAGGGAAAAGGGGACCGUUCCUCGAGGGUGAGAAGCCGGGCUAUGCGGACAUGGUCCUCGUUUGCUGGAUAGCUUUCUUCCAUCGAUUUGAUCUGGACGCUUGGGAAAUAAUCAUGUCACAAGGAGAUGGGGAGUUAAAAGCGCUUUGGGACGCUUGUUUGCCAUGGAUGGAGGGCCAGGGCCAGGAUAAGGACUGGCCGAUCCCGCAGUAG